CAGAGGAUUGUGCGCUGGGCUGUGGGGGGCGUUUCCGGUGUGGGAGGGAGGCCACCCCUCCUUGGGCUGAUGCCGAACGCGGGACUCGGGGAGGCGGGAGCCCCCGCGGGGCCGGAGCGGGGGCCCUUCCCGCCGGGUCACUUCCCCCUGAGCCUGCUCCCCAGGUAUGGCUGGGACCCCAGCUCAGAGCACCGCAAGGAAGAGGAUCUCAACAACUUAAUGGAGAAGCUGAUGAUGGAGAACUUGUACGGUCCCCCCAACAAUGCCAUGAAGUAUAAAGCCGAGGAGAUAGCAGUGCUCAGGAACCCCGUGGGGACAAGCCAGCGCUGCCGAGAGGGGCCAGUCCCACAGCCCUGGCCCGGAAGCUCUUUCCGAAUGAUGCACUCUGCCUUUUGCCAAGUGCCUCACCUUGCCCUGAGAGAAUCAGACUCGGACGAAGAGCUCUGCUAUUACUAUGACAAUGAUGGGGAGUAUUACGAGGAUGAGGAGGAGGAGAAAUGGGAUGAUUCCAGCAAGGAAUGCGAUGCAAAGACUGACGAGGACUCAGUCCCUGGCACCUUCUGUGGCUUCAGGAAAUCCUUCCUGUGCAAGGACACCUCACCAGCUCCCCCGCCCCAGAGCUCGCUGGACAAUCAACUGCUGGACCUGAAACUGCCCCAGAGGCAGCGGGUGACCGCAGAGGAAGCGGAGAAGAACGCCAAGGAGCUGGUAGCUGAGGAAGAGCGAGUUAAAAGGAAAGCGGAGAAGAAAAGACUUAAGAAGAAGAGGCAGAAAGACCGGAAGAGGCAAGAAAAACUAGAAGAAAAAUUGAAGCCCAAGCCUGAGAUGAAGUUGAAUGAACCUUGUCUGAAUGGUGAUGCGGAGGAGGAAGGCGCUGUGAGGUCAUUGCGGAAGGGGCCUCUGGACUCCAGCCCCUCCCAGAGAGAUCCCAGCAAGGCCUCAGCUCCUAGGAGAGGGGAGGGAGUCAGGGUCCAGGUCAGGAGUGAACACCUGAGCACCGAGGAGGAGAUGGAGGAUGAGCUGGACUUGAGCAGCACCUUUGUCUCCAAAGCUCAGCGUAAGGUGGGUGUGAAGCCGCUGACGCCCAGGAAGGAGAAGGCACCCAGAGCUGAGCAGAAGGAGCCGGACAGGAAGCCCCAGCAGGAGGUGCCGAGGCCUGGGCAGGAUGUGAGUGGAGUGGAUCCCAGCAAAGUGCUAGCAGGCUAUGGGAACGAGGCGGCAGCGCGGGGCUGCUUCCAGGAGGCCGUGCUCUUCUUCACUGAGGCUGUCAAACUCAACCCUCGAGAGCACAGGCUCUUCGGGAACCGCUCAUACUGCUAUGAGAGGAUGCAGCAGUACGACAAGGCCCUGAGUGAUGCCCACGUGGCCUUGAGCCUCCUGCCCGGCUGGCCCAAAGGCUUUUUCCGCAAGGGCAAGGCCCUCUUGGGGCUGAAGCGUUAUGCCGAGGCCAAAAGCACCUUCCUGGAGCUGCUGCGGCUGGAUAGCUCCCAUGCCGACGCAGCCGCCCAGCUGGAAAUCUGCCAGGUGCAGCUCCUUCUGGAGAACGGCUUCAGCAGCUUUAGCGGUGAGAGGAGCCUGCCCAUGGAGCUGUCUCUGGGAGCCAUGGAGUCUCAGCCGGCAGGCUCUGGUGAGCAGGCCAGGAGCUGGUCCCCGGGCAGCAGUGGCUGCGGCGAGGGGGACGAGGAUGGGGAGAGUGGGUUUGUAACCAUCGCUAACUCACGGAGCCGAGGGAAAGGCCCAGGCCAGCUGGAGCUCCGGGCCAGCGGCAGGGAGAUCCCAGCUAGCACCAGACACCCUGUAGCCACUGCGCAUCAGGCCAGGGAGUGGUACGCUGUGUGGGUCGGGAACGUCACCCCCAGGAUCACCCAGAAGUUGCUGCGCCGCUGUUUUGAGGGGUUUGGUCCCAUCCACUCAGUGCGGAUGCUCCCGGAGAAGUACUGCGCCUUCAUCAACUACACCAAGAAGGAGGCGGCGGAGGCGGCCUACGCAGCCCUGCAGGGUGCUGAAGUGGAAGGAACCAAGUUUGUGCUGCAGCUGAAGCACCCUGACCAUGCCACCCCAGCCCCUGGUAGGGCUGGCCCUGGCAGUGGCCUGUGGCCUGUGGGGAGGGAGCCGGUGCGAGUGCCCCCCACCCUGGAGUGCCAUUUCUGGCGGAACGCCGGCUGCAGCUACGGGGCCGACUGCCGUUUCCGCCACCUGCCCCACAGCAAGGGGCUGGACAAGAAGCUGGCUCAACACUAGCACCCUGCCCUGGCCCCGUCGUUGCAGGAGCCUGGAGGCCGAAAGUCCGCAGGCUGACAGCUGGCUCCCACCUGGCCACGCUGGGCCUUCCCGAGGUCCCUCCAGCUGCUGCCUGGUGCCUCCCCGUGACCCAGCGCCAGCCAGUGGGCAUCACCCCCCAGGGUAGGGCUGGACUCGCUGCUCUGUGGAUCGGGACCCUGGCUGGCUGGGCUGGGCUGCAGGUUUCCCUCCCCUAGGAAGGAGCCAUGCAAGCUGGGUGGGGCGGCCUCGGGGUUGGUUGGCCUGGAGGGAAUUGCUGGGCCUCUCCUGCCAUGGAGGGCUGGAAUUGCCCAGUGGGGGCACUGGAGCUGGCUGCAGCCCCCUUUGCCUUAUUAUGGAGUGAGGCCUAUGGGUACUAUGGCUCCCAGCAUGCCUUGGAGCCAAGCUGUUGGGAUAUGGGGCAGUGUGGCAUGCUGGGAGUUGUAGUCUGCACCGCCCCAGGCUGCACUUCUAUGGCUAUUUCAUACCAAAAGUUGUCCCGGGUCAGGUUCCUCCCUCAGCCAUGCUCUCUUCUUCCUGCCUGCAGAUUGCCUGAGCCCCGGGCCUGUUCCACGGACUCUGCCCAGCUCGGGCCUGUCUGUGCUGCUAUGCUUUGCGCUCUCUAAAGCACUGGGCACUGGCCCCUGUUGGCAGACAGGACACUGGGCUAGAUGGACAUUGGCCUGACUCAGUCUGCCUGCUCUUCUGUAGUCUUUGCGGGGGCUGGCUGGGUGGGGAGUGUGGCACCUGUCCGAAGAGCCUUCCUGGGUUCCACGUGCUUGGGCUUUUAACAUGUUCCCUUUGUUCAUGGAACAUCUCUCUGCCCUCGCCCCACAGGCCUGGGCCAGGCCCUUGCUCCCCUGCCACGUGGUGCUCUCGGCACCAGACAGGCGAGUCCCCGAUCCCCAUUCGCUCAUGUGCAGCACUGUCCCUGGGGCGCUCUGCCCUAGUGCUGCCUCUGUUCUUCGGCUCCGGCCCAGUCUGGCUGUCCUCUGCCUCGCCUAUCUCCCACAGCCCUGAGUGCAAAGCCAGCUGCGUACCAGGGCCCGGCCUUGCCCUGCUGAUCAGAGACUGGCUGGCUGCUAGGGGCAGGUGCUGGGCUGUGCGUGGCUGAGGGGCCAGGAUCUGCCUGCGGGAGAUGAUGCGAAUUAACCUCCUAUGGCCCUGAGAGCAUUCAGUGGGUGGGCCUUGCUCCUGGGCUGUGGGGAGGGGAGCUGCUGCCCUGGUGGGGCUCUGCAGACUCUCCCCCCAGCCUGCCCUGGGUUUGCAGUGGCUUCGGCACCCAGUGGGAAUUUGUUCAGGGAUUUGUACCUGCCUGGAGAUUUACAGAUUGUUCUUAAUAAAACUCGUGGAAGAACUC